GAAAGGGAAUCGACUUGGCCUCACCUGCACACCUCAUUUUUCUGCUUGUCCUCAACACAAAGCACUCUCUCUCCCCCGGACACUGGAUUGGCAUGCUGUCUCCUGUGUAGUGAUUUUGUGUAAUUUUCAAGGACAAAACCUUGGUGACAUGCAGCAUCUCCAGAAUGGAGUGGACACUGAGGCUGGACGCCAGGGGGGUAAGAACUUGGAAACAAUCACUGGCGAGGAAUGGUCACGUGGUCAAGCUGCGUGUAACGACGGGAAAGGUCAAACCACAAGUGAUUGCAAAUAUACUUCACUUGAACAUUUUGUGGAUUGCGCUUGGGAGGACUUCGUAACCUUUUUCUUGCUGGGGUCACAGCAAAUCCAGCAAGCGGCCAUCUACGACCUGACGACCCUUCAGCCUCUGGCCGUCAGCGAAGGCUUCCGAAUCGACAUGUCCGAGCUUCAGCAAUUGUUUCUGUGCUUAAAGAACCAAGAUCUUGCCUACAGGUCUGGGAUAGUCAUUGGUGGCAAACACUAUAAAGUGAGACUCGCCGACGGUCGCCAUGGUAUUCUGGCUCGCACAGACCGCGAAGGUUGUACUGUGUGCAAAACGAGAACUCUGAUGAUCAUCGGCAUUCACGACGACAGAGGAGUGUCCGCGCGCUGCAACGAGGAAGUCAUGCGCUUUGGGGACUUCCUCCGUAGAAAAGCUUUUUGAAUGAAGCAGAAGCAAAACCGUGAAGACAUCACAUUGACACCAGAAGUUAAAUUAAUAACUUCUGCCAACAAGUACGGAUUAACACCUCACUUUGUGCACAUACUUUUGAAGUUCCUGGUUGUGAUAUUUUAUAUAAUAUGUAUAUCUUAGUUUUAAUGUACCAUCGUUAUUUGUGUUGUAAAUUUGUAAAGGAAUUGCGUCUUAAAUCGGAAAAGAGCUGGAAAGCGAAGUGAACAGAGAAAGUUCAAUCGCGUAAUAAUGCUCACUUUCUUGUGUGAUUUGUUAGUGAAUAUUACACUCCCCACUAUAAAAAUUUUUUGUUCCUGUGUUUUUUUUUCCUUAAUACUCUUUCAUGAUUAGUAGUUCUUUCGUUUGAUGUCUCUCUCUCUGUCUCACUCUGUCUCUCUCUCUUGUUCCUGAAUUUUUGUUCUCCUUGUCCGUAAUCAACCUUUGAUUUAUUUGUAUACGCUCUUGAUCAUUCGCUUGCAACUGUCUCUUGUAAAAGUCUGAUUGUGGUGAUUUUUACGUGUGCUGACAGAUGUUACCAUAUAGAUAUAGAUAUGCUACAAUGAUUCAGCUCCCGAGGUGGUAUUCUAGAAUGUAGAGCAAUGGAGGCGGAACUAAACCUUAUAUUGUGACUGUAGAGAAGCGUUAAUCCGUGUUGUUUCGACAGGAGAGAUUAAGAUGUCCUGCACUCGCACAUUACAAAAAAAAAAAAAACCAAACAAACAAAACACAAAACAAACAAACAAAAAAAAAAAACAACCAAAAAAACCAACAACAAAUAAAUAAAUAAUAAUAAAGAAAAAAAGAAAAAGAAGGAGGGAAUCCAUGACUGUACACAGUGCAUCACAACAUAUAUGAUAUGCUGCUUUAAGUGUUAAACGACAAAGAAACACUUAACAAAAUUAAAAAAUGACACCCCAGUUAUUACAAUCACAAGAAAUAAUUUAAUACUCAGAAUAAGACAAACUUUAUAAUAAUAUUAAUAACAUUCAAGGUUUGCAAGUCAGUGUAGGAUAAAAUUAACCAUUUUUUAUUAUUGCCUUUGUUUUGUAGUAAAAUAUUUCGAUUUUUUCCGUUCUUUAGAUUGAGGGCUAGAUGUUAAAGAAGAAAAAAAAAGCAUAACGCUUGCAUGAUUACCCUGUACGCUGCCCUUGUAAAUAAAGAGUUAUCAGUUAUCUGUCUCUCUAGGUUCAGCUACCUUUUAUACUUUGUACGAGGGGAAGCAAAAAUA